GUCCUCUGUUGUGGUAGGUUUGGAUGGACUUUGCCCAUUCCCUUGUAUUCCCGUCUCUCUGCCUUUUCCCUCUUCUCCAUCCGUCCACCCCCACUCCUCCUCUUCCCAUCCACCCGAAUCGAACCUCACCACCUUCAAAUCGAGACCAGCCGUUGCUACGAUUAUCAAUGUAAUAACAGUGUGGUAGCACUCCCUUUUGGUCCCUUCCCCACCAUGCAGGCUGUCUCGUACGAACAGCAUGCGGCUCCUGGGGCGUCGCCUGCCUAUACCGACUAUCGCUCGCCUCAGGAGCCUUCCCCCAGAAGUUCGGUGCCCAAGAAUGUUGCCUUCGAGCUGCUACUCGAUGAGAACUCUAAGGUGCGGGCUCGCAUACCUAUGCGGGUCCAGAUCUACCCUCAUGAUACCACGGAUUCCAUUGUGACCACUGUUAAGAAUUUCUAUGGAAUUUACGAUACCACUGCGAGCGGGGUGAGCUUUGAGGAUGAACAGGGUAUCACCCUUAUUGCCAGGUAUGAAAAUCUCCGAAAUAACAUGACGGUGUACGUGCGAGUUAUUCCCGUGCAAGCCUAUACUGAAGGCUACGGGGAUCGCUUCUAUGGACAUUUGCCCAUGGAUGCUCGCAAACGUCCCAGUCUGGGAGAGCCUUUCCAGAUGGCGCCGGCAAUGCAGGCUGCGCACAUGUUGGAGCAUGGACAGCCACCGUCCCGGCCUGCCUCCCGGCUUGCUCGGAAGCGCAGCAUGUCACCGUCUGGGCGCAGCCGUCGCAGCGCAUCUCAGCACAAACAAACGUCGCGCGGAGGCAACAAAAGCAGAGGCUCCAGCACGCAUGGCAGCUUCAUGGAGGACGGAGUCUAUAGCGACAGCGAAGGCGGCUAUGGGUCUGUCUCGGGCACAAGGAAGCCUCGCAGUGAGCAGCUGGGUAGCUCGGAUAUCAGCAUGGAGAACAUCCUCCAAGACGGUCGCAGGAAGCGGCCCAAGUUCGAAAGUUCGGAAUUGCCGCUGUUCGCCCCCCCUCAGGUGCCUCUUACUACCUCCACCUCCUCCAUCUCCCCUCAGCGCCGGUCGAUCGGCCAAGACGGAGCCGUCUCACCUUUUGCCCGCCCCACUCAGCGGCCCUACAACUCGCAACAACAACAACCCCUUCUACCUUCCCCUCAGAGCUUCGGACACAAUGAACAAGCAUACAGCCUUCAUCAAGGACAGAAUUCAGUCUAUGCCACGCCGGUGGUCCCUGAUCACGGACACCGCUUGCGCGACCGGGCCACUACCCAAUCCUCAGGGCAGUACAGCAACUCGGCUGGUCGCAACGCUGCUCCUGGGGUCCUUCCCACUCCCGACCCGACCAUCGCGAGCUGCAUCUCUGAUGAGGACGUGGCCAUGCAGCUGAUUCGUCUGGGUGAUGCAUCGAAUUUUUCCAAUGGUCGCACGUCUGCCUCCACCCUGGAUGAUGCCUUUAGCGGCGCUGCCGAUGCUGCCUCCUCGACUGGCGCCACCAGCGAUGGUGACGAGUACAGCGAGGAUGAUGAUGACGAUUUGCCCUUACGUACCAAGCAGAGGCUGGACUCCAGCCCAAUGCUACCCCCCGGCGCCAUGAAGCGCACCCACAAGCGGUUGGACGACAUUCUGCCGAGCUUUGACAGUUCUGAUGGCAGUUACGACGGCUACGACGAUGAAUUCCACCAGGAGGAUGAACAUCCUGAUCACACCAUCAAGAACGAGAUGGACGAUGACACGCUUUAUCACGAGUCGGCCCCCAAGUCCAAGAAGGCAAAGGUCCGCGCCGGCAGCACGACCUCGAGCAAGGCCCGUGGGUCUAAGUCAGUAGCAGUGCGCCCGAACAAGACGGCCAAGGCCAGUACCAGUGGUGCCAUGCGCAAGGCUAGGCCGGUGUCCAUGGUGCCCACUCAGAAGGCAGCGGUGUCCCCGAUUCUGGCUAGCCCGGCGCCCGUACGCAAGAGCUCAACCUCGUCUGUGAACCUUCAACACCAGCACUCCCACCCACUCGCUGCUGACGAGGAGGAUUUGUCUACCAAGCCGCGUUGCCAACGAUGCCGCAAGAGUAAGAAGGGCUGUGAUCGGCAACGCCCUUGCGGCCGAUGCAAGGAUGCUGGAAUUGGCCUUGAUGGCUGCAUCAGCGAAGACGAAGGGAACGGUCGCAAAGGCCGCUACGGCCGUCACAUGGGAGUUCCUGUCAAGAAAACCAUUGAUUCUCCUACCAAUGGCACUGAAGGAGCCACUGUGGCGGCGGCUGUUGCGCCCAUGCCUUCGUCGUCGUCGACGUCGUCUGCUCUCGCGGACAAGAAUAAGAAACGCAAGCGCUAGACUCAUCCUGUAUCAGGCAUGAGGAUGACGGUCCUGCUGCUUUUUGUCCUUCGUCUCAGAAUCGCAUUUGCACCUGCACCCGUUUGCCCGAUGUCGAGGUAUGAACUGUGCCUGGGUGGCUGCAUUUCCGCAAACAUAUUUUAUCUUUUACCUCUU